UAUAAUAUAUAUAUCGCAAUAGCAAACUUAUGAGGGUAUAUAUAGGUAGGCUAUGCAGACAAGCUUAAUUGAAGCUGGUGGUAAUAGCAAUAGUUUUAAUUGUCAUUUAAUUAAUGAGGUUAAUUAAUUAUGGCUGAAGAAGAGGAACAAACAGAAACAAGCGAGAAAACGCCGCUCCAAUGUGCAGAGGAAGCUGUCAAUGGCCUUUAUGACUUCCGUGACCAUUAUUUUGAGAAGUUCAGCAUCAGCAAAUCCCAUCUCAAAGAUGAAGAUGUCAAAAAGAAGAUGGAAGAAUGUCUAGAAUUAUUAUCAUCCAAGAAAGAUCUGAUCUCCAGCAAGUCACAGUAUUUUAUGCUGAGAGGGAAGGCCCUGAACGUGUUACCAACCUAUGAUAAGGAGGCAGAGGUGCUGUUGUCGAAAGCUGUGAAACUGGACCCUAAACUUGUGGAGGCAUGGAACCACUUGGGGGAAUGUUACUGGAAGAACAAAGACAUCACAUCGGCCAAAAACUGUUUCGUUGGGGCCUUAAAUAAUUCUAAGAACAAAGUAUCUCUCCGCAAUCUGUCCAUGGUGUUACGUCAAAUCCCGGGUAUUCCGCCUUUGGAAAAGUUGGAAAUAGUUAAGGAAAGUGUGGAAAAGGCCAAAGAUGCUGUCCACAUGGAUAUCACUGAUGGAAGCUCAUGGGCUAAUCUUGGAAAUGCCUAUCUGUCCCUUUUCUUUGCUGAAGGGCAGAACCCUAAAACUUUAAAACAAGCAAUGAGUGCCUAUAACCAAGCUGUGAGAGACCCAGUUGCCAAAAACAAUCCUGAUCUCCAUUUUAACAGAGCCAUCGCAUACAAAUAUCAGGAAGACUAUCAAGAGGCCCUGGAGGGUUUCUCUACAGCGAAAGCCCUUGAUUGUGAUUGGUUGGGCCCAGUGGAACAGGAGACACGUUUGCUGGACUUUCUCACCCAGUUAACCAUGUUACAAAGUUCACAUGGUAAAAUGAAAGCGAAGAAGUUAAUAAACCUGAGUAAGUCAAUCAAGGAGAGUGACCUUGGUCCUUACCAGGGGGGUAGCUACACCGCAGACAAUGGACGAACCGUUGAGCUGAAGAAGAAAAUGUUUAAGGAACUACAACCCGGGGUCAAUAAACACACGGUGGUCGUUGGUAAAGUUGUCUGCACAAUAUCACAUGUUGAUCCAAUACCUUUUGUCUUCUGUUUUAUCGAUGAAGAAUGCAACUGUCUAUCUGUGUCGCUGUACAACAUAGGCGAGGGCUACGGUGUGAAAAUCGGAGACUCGGUGGCCAUACCUGGACCUUUCCUUCGUGAGGUCAAUGUCAACUUUAAAGACAAGGUGUUUUCCUAUCGCAGUAUCCGAGUGGACAGCCCCGUGGCAUUGGUUGUGAAUCGGCGCAAACUGGGAGUGGACAUGUUGGCCCCGAUGAGGCUGGCCAUCAUCAACUUGGUGGACUGAUGGAUGGACUAACAGACAGACACAGACAGAUAGAUGGACAAAGGGGGGUCAAAUCCAGCCCCCAAAGGAAAUCGGGUGGUGAUGGUCAUCUGUGUAGUCCCACCGGACAGUUCGUUAAUUUAAAUGUUACGAGGAACGAUGGCGUGUGAUGUUUACAGUUGUUGCCCUUCAUUAAAGAGGAAAAAGGGACAAGCAAAAAGGGAGAGAGAGAGAGAGAGAGAGAGAGAGAGAGAGAGAGAAAAUAGAGGUUGAGAGAGUGCAUUGCUGUCAAUUAUGCUGUGAGCUAUUAAAAACUAUGAACAUGCUAAAGGGAGUUCUUGUAUGCUAAUCACAAGGAUAAUCUCAGUUAAUUGAAAAUUUUCAGCUCACUACAUUUCAUACACAAGACUAUUUAUUAUCAAGGGUGGUGGUCAGCAGAAUUGUUUAGCAAGGUUCCCAGAACACUCAGUGGUAAUUCAUUCAUCUUUGUUCCGAGUUCAAAUCCCGCUGAGGUCGACUUUACCUUUCAUCCUUUUUGUGGUGGGGGGUAGGGUCGAUGUAAUCAACUAUCCCCGCCGUUCCUCGAAAUUGCUGCCCUUGUGUGUGGCAAAAUUUGAAAUUAUUAUUGUUGUUGUUGUUAUGAAAGGCAAAGCCGACCUCAGCAGAAUUUGAUCUCAGAAACCAGAAUAUGAAAGCGUGAACUAUUUCUGGUUUGAAUUCCGACUGAGGCCAGCUUUGCCUUUCAACCUUUCGGGGUUGAUAAAAUAAAGGUCCAGUCAAGUCUUAGGGCUGCCGGCCUUAUACCAAGAUUAGAAAGAAUUAUUAGUGGCAUUUUGUCCGAUCCACUAUGUUCUGAGAUCAAAUCCUGCUGAGGCCAGGAUUGAUAAAAUAAAGAUCCAGUCAAAGUGGCAAGCUGGUAGCAUGUUUGUAUG